GGACGCACCCAUGCUUUACUCCAGGCAGGAAGUGUCAUGUAAAGUCUCAUAAAAAUGCCCGGCAGACCGACCAAUUGAGGAGUUUUGUAAAAUAUACACGCUAAAGCUGUAGGGGGAAGCUCUGCAGAGAAAUAUACAAGCAUAAAACGAGCGAAAACGAAAAGUGAAAGCGAAACCGGCGAUGAAAUCGCCAAUCCUGCAUAAUAGUAGCCUAUACCUUUAAAUUAAUCUUCAAGAACACCAUUCAAACUCUGAAGAUUGAAAUGUCCUUAAAUGCGAAAGUUGACUCAAUCACUUCAUUCAGUGCUCUGGACAAUCCUCCUUCACGCCCUGAGCUGAGAGAUAAAGAUGGCUGUCAUGUCUUUAUCAGCUACAGCAGCUGUGAUUCACAAUGGACAGAGAACCUCAUCACCUGGCUGGAAUCACCUCAGUGUGGUCUACUGACCUCCUACCAUGAGAGAGACUUUGUUCCAGGCUGCAGCAUCCUAGACAACAUGACAAACUGCAUUCAGAAAAGUCAGAAAGUGCUCCUUGUCCUCAGUCAGGACUUUGUGAGGAGUCGCUGGUGUCUGCUGGAGGCCAACCUGUCCCUGUUCAGAGACUGCCUGGAGUGCAAGCCUUUGAUACCGGUGCUACUGGAACGUGACAUCACCAUUCCAAUGCACCUCUGCCACCUAACAUACCUGGACGCCAAAGACCCGGAGUUCCACAGUAAACUGUUAAAAGUACUCUGCACCCCAAAUCACCAGAUGCGAGGUUCCAGUGUGGUGCCUUACCAGCCACCCUCGGUCUACAAUGGCAAAUCUCUGCCGCCUCUCACAGCUGUGAAUGAGGAGGGCCUCCACAGGUGGGAGGCUGGUGUGUUCAACGACCAAGGAGUUCCAGAACAGCUGCGGUUAGUGCUACAGAAUGAGGAGAGGUACAAGGCAGCUAUCAAGAUGGUUAACAAUGUCUCUCAAACAAAAGUCUGGGUCCGGUCUCUGGGCUUUAGGCUGUUGUUAUACUUUCUUGGUAUAGCAUUUAUUUUACUUUUAGGCUUCCCAAUAGCUAUUUGUAUUGGAGAAUAUGGUCCAUCAGCAGCGAUUUACAUCUCCUGUCAAGUGGCGUUUAUCUAUAGACUAUGUUUGUUGCACAUAGACAGUGAUAAAUAUAUAACACAUGAAAUGCAGAAGUGCACUGGCCAAGCUAAUGUUGCUCUUUCUGAGGAGAAGAUUCUAAUGGGCUGUCAGUCACGAACCAAACUGCACCUUGUGUAUGUAUCUGUGGAUGGAUGCAAGCUCAUGUUUAAUGAGACUUACCAGUCAGCCCUUGCUGAGGAGAUGUUCCAAAGGGCCCUGCUCCACUUCUCUUCAGGCUAUGCCAGCUGUUUGGCCAAAUGUUACUUCCCCUUCGACAUCUCCAGCUCACAUGGCCACUUGGAAGGUGGCGUGUGCUUCUGUCAGUAUGUCUCUCAGCAGCUGAAGAACGACAAGUGGUCAUAGGUUUCCAACUAUACGCUUUAAGGAAUUCGGUGAGAUGCUCUUGCAUGAUCUGCAGAUGUCAGGCAUUGCACGAAUAAUAUAUUUCUAAUGAUUGAUUCAGCCCUUGCUUUGCUGCACACACUAGGAUUGUGAUACAUGUAUGAGACUUUUGUCACUUGGAGCUCACUGCAUGGGAGGCCCAUCAAGAAGUCAUGUGAGGUGAGGUCAAUUUCACAUAGAUCAAUAAAGUAUCAAUCUAUCUAUCUAUCUAUGUGAAAUUGACAUCACCUCACUGAACAAGAUAUGAAUGCACUUGGAAGCACUUUUCCACCUGGCUGAGUUAAAUUCCUGUGUUUAUCUAAUCUCUAUGAAUGUUUGUU